CAGAGCGACCAUGGCGACGCGCGCUCCCCUCCCGGCGGAGUCGCUGCUGGCGCUGGCCGAGCUGCUCUCCUCCGACCCGGGGGACGAGGACGGCGCGGACGCGGCGCAGGGCCCCGCGGGCGGCCGCUCCGGUCCGGGGAAUAUCGGGCCCCGGAAGGCCAGCGACGCCUCGGCCGCCCCGCUGCCGCCCGAGGACGGCAAGGCCAUCUGGAGUGCCGGGGAGGUGCCCGAAGGGAGCGCGGGCGACGCCUCGUGGGACCCCCGGGAGCAGCCGGAGUACGAGAUUGUGUUCAAGCAGCAAGUGAGGGCUGAGGAUCUGUUCCUAGGCAUGAGCAGAAAGGACCCCUCCACUGCCUGCUGUGAGGACAUGCUGAUUAAGAUUAAACUGCCGGACACAAAAGCUUCAGACAUUACCCUUGAUAUACAAGAAAAGCUCCUUGAUUUUCGGAGUCCCCAGAAGCGGCUCCUUUUGCAUCUACCUCAUCCAGUGGACGCCACCAAUGGGAGAGCCCAUUUUCUGUCUGAACAGUCCACACUGGAAGUCACUUUGAGGAUGAAACGAGAAUUGGAUUUCAUCAACUUUUCAUGAAGAGAAAGAGGAAUCAGCCCCUCAGAGGCCCAGGGAAGAUUUUCUAGUUAGGUAACUGAGAGAAGAAGGAGAAGGAAAACAUCUUGCCACUGAUUCCAAAGAACUACUGUCCGAUUGUGCCUGUACCAGGAGACCUUGAGAUCUGACUGUCUUACUUCCUUCUUGAAUUCUGAUACUGAAUUUUUUCUAGGAGGCCUCUGGCGUCUCCAUUUUCAUUCACUGUUGCUUCCUUGGGAGGGGUCCAUUCCUCCAACAUCAGGAGAUCAGCAUGUAGAGAGAACAGAGGCAAGGUGGGGUCUUAAUGGCUGAGCUGCUGACUGCUCUGACUUCUAUGGUGUGGAUAGAAAAUAAAAGUCCCGCCCUUUCUUCUCUGUGCUCACAUCUACUCUUUACAGAAGUCUUCCCUGGCCAGCACAGCAGGGGCUUCCUUUCAGUUGAUGCUCACUGGCUUUCUGGGCCAUUUGCAAUAGAACAGAGAGCUAAGCAAGCUGAGGCUUGUUUCAAGAGAUGCUGACCUCUCUGCUCCAGCAAUGCACCUGGGGUUCAGUGAAGAAU